AUCAAUGUUAAAGCAAAUAAUAGGUAUCCAUCAAAGAGUAUUUAAAAUGUAUACACUACCUAUUUAAAAAAAAAAACUGAUCUAAUAAAAGAUAAAGUUUUGUAAUUAGCUUAAAUUGUGCUAGGUGUUAACGUUGAUAGAUUUGCUUCUCAACAGUGUUUUGAUUAUGAUUUAUUUAUUAUUCAAAAUUGUAUUUGUCCUUGAAAAACUGAAGUUCUAACUAACGAAUAGGCACUAUAUAGACUUUAGUAUAGUAAACUUAAAUAGAAUACUCGAAUACUCUAAUCUAUUUUUAAAGAAAAUAAAAAAUAAAAACAAUAUGGAUGACUUUGAAGUUGAUGAAGAGAGUGAUGAAGAAAAUGAGAUUCAAGACUUGGAGCAACUUACUGCAGUAUUAAUUGAGGAUGAGCCUAGCUCAAGUGCAUCAGUUUCACAAAUAUCAACAAGCACAAGUGUCUGCAGUUUUUCUUCAAAAUACGAGGAGUAUUCAAAAAUCGAAACCACUAUAGCUUUUAAUAAAAUGUGUGAUGAAAAGUUAUCCAGAUUAGAGAAAAUGUUACAAUCACGUUUACGUGAGUGCCGACAAAAGUUAAGCGAUAUACAGGGUACCGAAUGGAGCGACAAAUUGGAAAAAAUUGAGAAAUUCCGUUAUGUAAACUGCGGAAAGCCUUAUUUUAAAGACAAGUCGAAUUUCCCAGCUCCAGAUAAUGAUGACACUCUAAUAAUGAACAAAUCUGAAAUGUAUGACUUUUCAAAUAUUGUAUCUGUUCCGGGGUGGACAGUUAAAGAUAAAAGCCAGUUUAUGGUUUUAAUACAUAAAUUGUCUCAAGUAAAAAGAAAAAAAGAGUUGGAAUCAAAAAUAGCGGCUUUAAAACGUGAAAAUAAAGUUCAUGAAAACAAAAAUGAUAAGGAAAUUGCAAAACUAACGAAAGAAAUUCAUUGUGUAAAUAAAUUAUCACCAAAGGAUUUAGCGUUGCCAUUACAUGAAGAAUAUGAUUGGGAUUACAUUGCAAAUAAACUAAAUUAUAGACAUAGUGCACAGGAAUAUAGAUCUCUUUGGAAGUUAUUCCUCCAUCCGAGUAUAAAUAAAAAUGUUUGGAGUAGAACAGAGCAUAUCACACUUCAAAAAGUUGCUUAUGAUGAAAAACUACAAAACUGGGACAAGAUAGCUGAAAAAUUAAAAACUGGUAGAACUAAUUACCAGUGCUUUGUAUAUUUCCGAACAAACAUGAUUAAUACCUUCACAGGCAGAAAAUGGACUAAAGAGGAAGAAGAAUACCUUAAAAGAUUAAUUGAAUAUUACAAAGAAGAUAAUUACAUACCAUGGGGUAAAGUAGCAGCCUCAAUGGAGAACAGAACUAAGAUUCAAAUUUACAAUAAAUACUCUAGGAUGUGUGAACAAAGAAAAGGCAGAUUUUUAGCAGAAGAGGAUGCAGUAAUAUUAACUUGUUAUGAAAAUUUUGGUCCAAACUUUAAAAAGAUGACAAAAUACCUUCCAGGCCGGUCUUUGACGCAAUGCCGGACACGGUAUCAGGUUUUGGCUAAAAAAAGGAUAUCGACAGUAUGGACAAUAGAAGAGGACAGGAAACUUGUCCAGUUAAUGGCAAAUCAAGAUGCAAUCACUAAUUAUUCAAGUGUUGCCCCAUAUUUCCCUGGGAAAGAUAGAGUGCAUAUAAGAGCUAGGUAUUUAACAUUAUCUAAAUGGAUGAGAAGAAAUCCCAAUGUAGAUAUUGCUAAAGCACCAAGACGUGGUGCAAGACGUUUAGGUCAUGGGCAAAGUGCCGAUGAUUUAAAUAGAGCCAUAGAGAGUUUGAAAACUAGAAUACAAUCAGAGGUGACUAUUAAAAAAAGUAAAAAGGUAACAAAAGAUUCACCAGAAAAUGUUAUAGAAGAUGCUAUAAUAGCUCAUAUUGUCACAGAAAGUGUAAAAUUGGAAGAAGCAAGAAAAAAUGAAAUGCACGAGGAAGAACCAGAUACUUCAGAUGAUGUUUAUAACAUUCGUACCAAAAAAUGUAAUGUGACAAAUUUACGUAAAAUACUUAUUCUGCUAAGAGCGAAAUUGAAUCAUGAAAAGUUUUUGAACAGUUCUUAUGGGAAAAAAUACCGAGAUUUAUUGGAGCCAGAACAUGAAAUGUAUACUGUAAAAGUUAAGUCUUAUUCCAAACAAAAUACAGAAACAAGUAUAGAAAUUAGUGGAAGUCCUGAUAUCUGGGGAAAUGUCUGUUUAGGUCCUUUAGCAUAUGUACUUCCACCACAUUAUUCAACCAUAACUGGUUGCAAGAAAUUAAUGAGUUAUGUUACUAGUAAAACACAAACAAAAAGUGCAGACCAAAUAAAUAUUAAUGUAGUUAUAAGAAGAAAUGUCAUGUUAAAAGUUCAAGCUUUUCUCUUAAUGGAGCGAUUCAAUUCUUUGUUCCUGUGGCCGAUGUUACUUUCAAAUACACAUCCAGAUACAUCUAUUACAUUGAAUGAAGAAGAAAGACAACUAUCACAAAACUAUGCCGAAAAUUAUCCAGUAUUUGAUAAGGAAGAUUAUGCUUCAGCAAUGUCAAUGAAUUAAAAAAAUAUAAAAAAAAAACUUAUUUAUCAGGAUCAGACUGAAGCAUUGACAAUGUAGGGGAUAAUUUAAA